AUGCGGGGCCCGCGGGCGGCCCUGGCGCUGCUGCUGGCGGCGGCGUUCGCCCCGCGGCCGGCGCGGCCGCACCCGCAGUGCCUGGACUUCAAGCCGCCGUUCCGGCCGCCGCGGGGCCUCGCCUUCUGCCGCCGCUACGCCGAGUUCGGCUGCUGCGACCCGCGCCGCGACCGCGCCCUGCUCCAGCGCUUCUACCGCCUCAGCGCCCGCCUCGACGAGCCCACCUACGCCGCCUGCGCCGGGCACCUGCAGGAGCUGCUCUGCCAGGAAUGCUCUCCAUAUGCAGCUCACUUGUAUGACGCUGAAGAUCCCUCCACCCCCGUGCGGACGAUACCAGGACUAUGCCAAGACUACUGCACGCAAGUGUGGCAAAACUGCCGCUCCAUUUUUCGCGCUCUCUCUGCAGACCCAGAGUUAAUUGCACUGGAAAACAACAUGGCAAAGUUCUGCCGCUACCUCUCUCUGGAGGACACCGACUACUGCUUCCCACACCUGCUGGCCAACCAGAACCUUAACCAGAACCUGGGGCUGGUCACCGCUGAUGCGGAGGGCUGUCUCCAGCUCUGCCUCGUGGAGGUGGCCAACGGGCUGCGCAAUCCCGUUGCGAUGGUUCACGCCAACGACGGCACCCACAGGUUCUUCAUUGCAGAGCAGGUCGGCCUGGUGUGGACCUACCUUCCCGACGGAUCCAGGCUUGAAAAGCCAUUUCUGAACAUCAGCGAAGCUGUGCUUACCUCACCUUGGGAAGGAGAUGAGAGAGGGUUUCUGUGUAUUGUCUUCCAUCCUAAAUUCAAAUUUAAUGGUAAAGUGUAUGUCUACUAUUCAGUUGAAGUUCGCUUUGAAGAGAGAAUCCGAAUUAGUGAGUUCAGAAUUUCUCCUUCUGACAUGAAUGCCUUGGACCAUGGUUCUGAAAGGAUAAUCCUUGAAAUAGAAGAACCUGCUUCCAACCACAAUGGAGGAGAGCUGCUCUUUGGAGAUGAUGAGUAUCUCUAUAUCUUCACUGGAGAUGGAGGCAUGGCUGGGGAUCCUUUUGGCACCUUUGGAAAUGCCCAGAACAAAUCAGCCCUGCUGGGCAAAGUGCUGCGGAUCGAUGUGAACAACAACGACCGUGGGCCCCUGUACCGAAUCCCCCGUGACAACCCCUUCGUCAGCGACCCCACGGCUCGCCCCGAGGUCUACGCCUACGGAGUGAGGAACAUGUGGCGCUGCUCCUUCGACAGGGGGGACCCUCACACCAAGGAAGGGAAGGGGCGUCUCUUCUGUGGAGAUGUGGGGCAGAAUAAAUACGAAGAAGUCGACAUCGUCGAGAAGGGGAAAAAUUACGGCUGGAGGGCAAGGGAAGGGUUCAGCUGCUACGACAAAAAACUUUGCGCCAAUUCUUCCUUGGACGAUGUGCUUCCAAUUUAUGCAUAUCCACACAAAAUGGGGAAAUCCGUUACAGGAGGCUACGUCUAUCGAGGUUGUGAGUCUCCAAACCUGAAUGGCCUGUACAUAUUUGGUGAUUUUAUGAGUGGACGCCUGAUGUCUUUGAAGGAGAAUCGUGCUACUGGAGAGUGGCAGUACAACGAAAUCUGCAUGGGGACAGGACAAACCUGCAUGUUUCCUGGGCUUAUUAAUAACUAUUAUCAGUACAUCAUCUCCUUCGCUGAAGAUGAAGCAGGGGAAUUGUACUUCCUAUCCACUGGUGUACCAAGUGCCACAGCUCCCAAUGGAGUGGUGUACAAAGUGGUAGACACCUCCAGGACAGCACCACCAGGAAAAUGCCAAGUUGAGCCAUCGCCAGUGAAAGUCAAAAGCAAGCGCAUCCCGUUUGUGCCAAAGGAGAAGUUUAUUAUGAAAACACCAACACCACAUCCCCGGCUGAAGACCACGACCGAGGCCCCGUGGGGAGGCGUCCCAGAGCCCCGAACCCCCCGCACGCCGGCCGUGGACGGGGCGGGCCGAGCCCCAGCGCGGCCAGGGACCCGAAUCAGGCCGGCCAGCACAGCAGCGCCCGGCGGCAGAGCCCCCGGGCCGGGGAAGGAGGACAGGGGGCAGCGCAGGAAGAAGAAGCCCCCCGGCAAUGGCGCCGUGCGGCUGAUGCGGCAGGGCCGGCGGGGCCGCGGCCGGGGCAGGGUGGAGGUUUUCAUCGACGGCGAGUGGGGCACGGUGUGCGACGAUGGCUGGAGCUUGCCUGCCGCCGCCGUGGUGUGCCGCCAGCUCGGCUUCCCCUACGCGGUGCGGGCCACCAAGAAGGCAGAGUUCGGGGAAGGGACCUCCCUCCGCAUUCUUCUGGAUGAUGUGCAGUGCUCCGGGCAGGAGAGGACGCUGCUGGAGUGCUCCCACGCCGCUGUGGGCGCGCACAACUGCUCGCACGAGGAGGAUGCUGGUGUGGUGUGCAGCCGGGAGGAGGUGACAGACCGGUGACAAGAGCCGGAGAAGGCAGCUGAGGGGCUUGGAGCACAUCCACCUCUUGCCCGACCCUCUAAACCAGCUGCAGUAUUGAGGAAGGGUGUGCCCUGCCUUGAGGAUGCUGCAUCUGUUCAAAGUAAUCUUAUGUUUUCUUCAUGUCCGUCCCCAUGCAUUUGCCUCAGAGGGAGAAAAAAAAAAAGGUAAAAUGAAGCACUGAAUUGAGUAUGUUGUGGGCAGGUGCUGCAUUUCUGUGGUGUUUUUUGUAGGAAGAAACCCCCAAGCAUCAGCCUUUAUAGACCAGAAAAGAGAUGCAUCCUGUUGCCCUUUCCCAUUUCAAAAUACAGGAUUCUUCAGCUGUGCAUCACAAUGUUUUGCCAAAAAGUAAAUUCCCAAGUGACUGUGUUUCACUCUUAUGGAAGCAUUUGCAUUGUUUGCCUUGCUUUGCCACCUGCAGCUCUAAGCUGAGGUUUCUAAGGAUGUGCCUUUCUAAAUCUGAGCCUUUCUUUGCAAAUUACAAAAGUAUAUAUAAUUUUUUAACCUUCCACUCACUAGUUUAAAGCAAAAUAUUUUUCUGUAAUGUGUUUUAUUGGUAUAAACAUACUGGUCAUCAAGGAUAAGCAAAAUCAGGUGAUUUAGAAGAAACCAUAGUGUACUGAAUGGAAAAUAUUUCUGCAGUUUAUAUUAGCCUAAGUGAAAAGAAAAUCUAACCCCUUUUACAUGAACAGGAUUGAAAAUCUGCCCCUUUUUAGAUGCACAGGAUCAUUAUCCAGUUUAGCUCUGAAGAUACUUUGUACAUGUUUCUCCACUUUCCCAAACUUUAUGAAAGCACAUGUUUUUCCAUUCAGUUUUUCACAGGUGUGAAUGGUUAGACAAAAGGUAAUGCUCUGGGGCAAUAAUCCAGUAAUAUUUACCCCUUUCUAGAGGAUAUUAAAAAAAAAAAGCAAACAAAAGCAACCCUAGUUUGUCUGAAAUGUGUUUUUCACCUGAGUGGUGAUGGAACACACAUGUUGUCUUAUGAAAGAUUUUGGCCUGGUUGUUUGUUUUCCCUGGUGUAAUCAGGGUAGGUUUUGUCUUGCUGCUCUCACAAGAACAUAAGAAAGACAAAAAAAACCAAAAAAACCUCUAAGAAAACCCCAAAAAUCCUCAAAUAUAAAAUGACCAGUAUGUCUAGAAACGUUCACAAGCAAAAUCUUGUAUCUAAAGAUCUUACUGUGGAUAUUUAUUUUAACCGAAUUUCAAGUUGACACUAUCUUCUCAAGCCUAAAACAUGUAUAGGGUAAAUUAAUCUGUUUUAAAUAUAUUUCCUGAACUUUAUGGUAAAUUCUCAUUAAAUUGUUUUUGGUAUUAAAGAACACCUUCAAUACACAAAAUCAGAUGAUCAAAAAAAAAAUGCGUUUCCCCCUCCUUCCUAUGAAGUAUAAAGGAGGAACAGGUGUAUAAAGUGCCU